AUGGCAUACUUAGAUGAGCAUGAAGAGAUGAUGAAGCGAGAACAUCCAUCACAUUUGUAUGCCACGAAAUACCGUGAAUUGUUUCCACAAUGGUUUUUGGAAACUAUUGUGUAUCUAGAUAACCCUAAAACCGGGAGCAGUUGGAAAGUUGUUCAGCAUAUGGAUCAGAGGAACAUGUAUGCUAUACCAGAACUAGACCCAACUGACAACGACGUCACUGACCAACGUUUGGAGUCUUCCAUGGAAAAUGAUGCAGAAACACUUCGAGAUACAAAUGUUAUACAAGAACCAUUUUAG